CUGCGCCCUGUCGACCACUGGCCAGCGUCGCCACCAAAAUAACAACAAAGGAAUUAUUGAUUAGCUUGUGUGUGUGUGUACGUGUGUGUGUGAGGCACAGUGUUGUGGCAUUUGUAGUAGAGUGGCAAUGAGCUGGACGUGUGGACAAACGUAAUACCAUGCAAGAGACGAACAGCAGCAGCCAGGAGCAGCACAUAAAUCCAGAACACUUCCCCCACAAUAGACCGGAACGAGCGCAAAACUUCUCCUUUGCCAGCAGCUAUCCAUAUGCACCAGGACGCCAGAUCCUCCAUAGCAAUCCCACUUUCAACGUACAGCGCUAUCAAAGUCCAUACGAUUUCCAGCACGUGGUCACCAACGCCUUCUCCGUGCUGCACAACUCUGUCUCUGAGCCUGACUCUACCCAAGCCAGUCGACCCAAUCAAGCCAUUGUGCGUCCGAUCAUACGCGAGCAGUCGGAACAUGUGCCCGAACGCGCCGCCGCCGGCAUCAACAGCUCCCAGCCACCAUUGACCACGCGCUCUUGUUUCUCGCGCAGCACACAGGAAGUGCGCAGCUUUGCCGAUGAGCUGAGCCAGAAGCUGCGUUUCCUGGCGCCCGAGGAGAACAACAACGCACGCGGCGCCAGCGGCCACAGCAGCAGCGGCUACGUUGGCACCGGCGCCUGGCUCAGCAUGGAUCGGCCACGUUUCGAGACCACUGUGCCCACGGGCAUCUUCUUGCCGCCGCCAAACGAGCUGCAGCUGCUGCCGGCCUCCAUGCUGCGCCGUCAUGUCUACGCCUACUCCUCCUAUCCCAUGAUUCUGCAAAGCUUCUACAAUCAGAGCAACCCCAGCAAGGACAAGGAGAAUCGAACCUCUAUGCGUCAGAAUGGUGUGCGUGCCACAGCCGCUGUUGCCGCCGCAGCAGCUGCAGUGGCUGCCAAGUCCGAGACGCCAGCUCUAGCUGGAAGUUUGCAAAUAACCAAGGCACAGUUUCAGCAGCAAUUGCAGCAGCGUCGCCAAACCGACAAGAGGCCCGUGGUGCCGCCUCCAGAGCCCUAUAUGAACGUAAUGUAUGACCGGCGCGUCAUCAAAGGCAGCAACUUUGGCAGUCCAUCGAUGGUUGCGGACAUAGAUCCAUUCGACAAGGCAGCCGAGCUAAGACGCCGUAAUAUGCUACGUAAGCGUACGAUGCAGUGCCGCAAUCAGCGUAAUGUUCUGGGCACUCCACCUCCUGUCAAGGGGCGCAAGCAUGAGAAUAUACAGACGGAAAAGUACUUGGAGAAGCUGGUGCAGCGUCCACCAGAGUUUACAGUGGACACACAGACGGAUCUGUUCUUAGAAAAGCCGCCCACACCGCCAUAUGUGCCUGCUAAAGUGGGCGUAGAUGCCAGCACAGAGAUCGGCGAGGGCGAACUAUUUCACUUUGAUGCAGAGGCUCAGCCAAUUAUUGAUGUGCUGGUGGAUGCCUGCAUUGAGCAGAGUAUUCUGGAGGUAGCGCAUGAAAUGGAGUUGGAUGCACUGCGUCGCAAACAGGAAAAAUUCCUCGCCCAACGCGAGGCAGAGCUGGCCGAACUGCGACGCUUGGAGGCCGAGGAGCUGCGUCUGCAGGCUGAGAAGGAGCGCCGCUUGCGCCAGGAUGCCAUUGCCAAGGAGCUGGAUGAGGAGAUGCAGAAGAGUGUCACCGCAGCCAAGCUGCUACAAGGACACAUUGCCAGCCUGGUGCCUGAGGUGCUGGAGAACAUUGAGCCAGCCAGCGAUGCAGUGAAGAAGGAGCAGCUAAUGAAGAGCGUCUGCCCCUGGUUAUCUGCCGAAGUGGCUGAAGAAGUUGGCCACAUUGUCGACUCGCGUGAGAUUCUCACCGCAAUUAUUCAAGAGAUUAUUAAGCAACGCGCUUCGGUAUAUAUGGGCUAUAAGGAGCCUUCAUCGGAGCCUUCAGAGCCCGAGCCCGGUCCUUGUGAGGAAGAGGGUUGCACCAUAGACGAGUCAUGUCCCUGCGAGCCAGAGACUGAAAUGUCCGAGUGUCCGGAGCCGCCGCCAGAGCCGCCACAUCUAUAAAGUUGCAAUUUAUGCAAACAUUAUUGAUAUAUGAUUUAGCUACAGUUUCGUUUUCAGUUGGAUGCCCCCGCCCAGUUGUCGCUUAUUGCAUACCAAGAAAUCCAAGGAGCUGCUCUGUUGUUGUGUUUGGCAGCACGCGGACGUGGUUCGGCCGCUUGUUGCCACACACAAUCACACUGCCGCCAAAUUGUUGCAACCAAGGAAGCUAAUAUUGUUAAAGGUUUAUGUUUAACCAAAAAUUCAGCAAAUAAAGCGAAAAUAUUUAA